UCACCAGUGUCUAAUUGAACCUAAGUGGCAACCGCACAAACAUGGCUAGUAAAUUGUGUUGUUUAACUGUUAUCGCCGUGCUUGUGCUUUUCCAACUGAGUGCUGGUGAAGAAAGUGAUUGCACCGUCCCGUGUCCCCACAUACUCGACCCAGUGUGUGCAACCGAUGGACGAAAAUUUCAGUACUUUUCCAACAGAUGUCUGCUAGAGGGCCACAAUAAGUGUGAACCAAAUAAUAAAUUCAGAGAAGUCGAUGAGAGUAACUGUGAUGAUGACGAUUGGCAACGAUAAAUGGCUGACAAUGGGUACGGUAAGCCUACAUCAAUUUUUGAGGGACGCUCAACUACAUGAACGCGUUGUAGACUUCGCCAGGUUUACUGUCUGAAUUUGAAAUUAAAUUUAUACGGAAUAAAAAAGCUAAACUGGCUAUACUUGUUUGCGUGCAUUAGUCCUACUA